CAUUCGAAGAAUUUUGGGCGGCUGUCCUGCCGAUCGAGCCACAUUCGUAACAUAGGGGCCAAAUCCAAAACACCAACAUGACGUUUGCCAUGAUUGGUCCAAAUAAGAUCGCAUGUAGAUGAUUCCAGAAGAUAGUCUUCUUCAUCCUUUGCUCCUCUUCCGUUCAGAACAUUAAGAGAUCGAUCUCGUCCUGUACAGAUACACGUUAUCAUCUUUAUAGCGGCGCAGUCCUAGCUAUCAUGCUAAUACUUGUACUGAGAGCAGUCCCGAUCUUCUGUUUAUGUAUUGCAUAUACUCUUGCUGCUGGACCACACGUUAUUCUAUGGUCCUCUCAAACUUAUGGGCCUGAUGGCCCUUGGCACGCCGUCACUGUCAAGCUCGGCACUCCUGCUCAGCAAAUGGAUCUCAUUCCUGCCGGCGCCUGGGAGACACAAAUCCUCAGCUCUUCAGUAUGUUCGACCAGCACGACGCUAUCCGGUUGCAAUGCGAACGCGGCUGGCCUUUUCGAUCCCGAAAAAUCAAGUUCCUUGGUCACAAUCUCAGAGACAGGAACAAUCAAAAAUGGCAAUUUCUGUGUCAAUGGCGGUGGCAUCCCAUCCAUGUCUGGCGACGCGGAAUGGAUGUUCGACACACUCUCCCUAACUCUUCGGGAUGGCGUCGUGGGAAACAACGGCCAGAACACGAUUCGCAAUUUGUCCACCAUGGUCAUUUCCCGCGGCUACAACACGCUUCCUUCGGGCUCUACAUAUGCUGCUGAAGUUGGCAAACUCUCACUCGGCGCGCCGAACAUAAACCAGUCGUGGGUACAUGCCGGAAGCCGCUUCAACGCCACGUUCCUCCCUGGAACCCUCUUCGAGGCUGGCCAAAUCCCGUCGAACUCAUACGGCAUGCACAUUGGGUCCGUAGCUGCCGGGGUCCGUCCAUCCCUCAUCCUCGGUGGCUACGACCCAACACGAAUCAUAGGCCCCGUGUCCGCACAACCCUACACUAUCCUCAAACUCCCCAUCGACCUGCUUGAUAUCGGGAUCUCCGUCUCAUCUGGCAAAUCACCCUUCGAAUUUACCUCCAAAUCGGGACUGUUGGCGUCCAACAACGCAUCCAUAGGCACUUCCCUUCCCGUCGUUAUCGACUCCGCGUCCCCGUACCUCUAUCUCCCUAAAUCCACCUGCGACGCCAUAACCUCGCUCCUACCCCUGACCUACAACCCCCUCCUCUCCCUCUACAUCUGGGACGUCACCUCGCCGCUUUAUACGACCAUAAUAUCAUCUCCCGCGUCUCUAACUUUCACAUUCCGCCUCUCCUCCUCCAUAACUGCCAACAUGACCAUCUCCGUCCCCUUCGCGCUGCUCAACCUAACGCUCACUACCCCCCUCGUCUCCAGCCCGAUACCGUACUUCCCAUGCCGGCCCGCCCAAGUCGAAACACUUGGAGAGAACUACGGUCUCGGGCGCGCGUUCCUACAAGCGGCGUUCGUGGGCGUGAACUGGGGCGGCGACGGGUUAUGGUUCCUCGCUCAAGCGCCCGGGCCAAACACUCCCUCUCUCUCACCGCUGACAUCCAUCUUUCCUGGUGACAAAACGCUCAAGGGCGCGGAUAACGGCUGGGAGGACAGCUGGAAGGGGUACUGGGAAGACGGCAUCGACGGUGACGGAAACGCCAUAGUGCCUACCGGCUCAACCGCUUCCGGGAAUGGGACAGGAGCAGAUAUUGCACACACUUUGCCCGACUCGGCGCUGUCGAGGGGCGUGAUAGCAGGGAUCGCUGUCGGCGCAGUGGGCGGUGUUGCGGUGAUUGUUGUGCUUGCGUGUCUUCUGUAUAGCCGCGCGAGAAGACGGAAGGCAGACAGGGAGAAUGUGAACUUGUUUGCUGAGGCGCACGUGGGUAACGACGGGCUAGCUGGUGUUUGCGAUAGACAUGCAGGUCAGGGGUACGGGCCGUCAGAGUUGUAUACGCAGGCACCGGUGGGGGAGUUGCAUAGCGAUCAUAAUGGAGUGGUUGGGGAGUUGCAUGGCGAAUAUAAGAAGGCGAGUGUAGUGGAGCUGCCAUGAUAGCUAUAGUAUAAUAGAUUAGUAUAAUGACGAAG